CCUUUAAAUUUACCGUGUGUGUGUGUGUGUCUCCUCCUCUUGCAGGAUUACCGGCUCCGGUCUUCGCUGAUCACACACUCUGAGGGACUGUGUAAGGGCUGUAUUGUGUAUCAGUUUGUGUGCGAGUUAGUUUGGACUACACACGUUAACGGGAAUGAUGUUUCUGGACUGUGUCGUUGUGUUGUUCGGUGUGCUGCUCUCGGCGUUCUGUCGGCCCUCGGUGGAAGCGGUUGCGAGCUCGUCGCCGCCGGACCCGUGCUACGAGGAAAACGGACAGGCGCGCCGCUGCAUCCCGGAUUUCGUGAACGCUGCGUUCGGCCGAGAAGUGCGCGCGUCCAGCACGUGUGGCCAGAAGACACCGAGUCGCUACUGCCUGGGGACGGAGAGAGGCGGCGGAGAGAGGAGUCGCGAGUGCCGCGUGUGUGACGGGUCUGACCCCAAACGGCGCCAUCCGGCUUCGCACCUCACCGACCUGCACAACCCACACAACCUUACAUGCUGGCAGUCGGAGAACGGCAUACGGUACCCGCAGAACGUGACGCUGACGCUGUCCCUCGGUAAGAAGUUCGAGGUGACGUACGUGAGCGCGCAGUUCUGCUCGUUGCGUCCGGACUCGAUGGCCAUCUUCAAGUCUAUGGACUACGGCAAGACGUGGGUUCCGUUCCAGUACUACUCGAGCCAGUGCCGGAAAGUGUACAACAAACCGAACCGGGCCGUCAUUACCAAGCAGAACGAGCAGGAGGCCGUGUGCACGGACGCGCACCAACAGCAGCAGCUGCACCAUCAGCAGCCGGUCUCGGGCGGCCUCGUGGCCUUCAGCACGCUGGACGGCCGGCCGUCUGCUCACGACUUCGACAACUCACCCGUGCUCCAGGACUGGGUCACGGCCACGGACAUCCGCAUCACGUUCAGCCGCUUGUACGGAGAGGAACGCAAGACCGAAUCAGAGGACGAGGAUGACUCGCACUUCUAUGCCGUGUCGGACCUGCAGGUGGGCGGCCGGUGUAAGUGUAACGGGCACGCCUCGCGCUGCGUGCGCGACCGCACCGGAGAGCUUGUGUGCGAGUGCAAGCACAACACGGCGGGACCCGAGUGCGACAGGUGCAAACCGUUCCACUACGACCGACCAUGGCAGCGCGCGACGGCGAGAGAGGCCAACGAGUGUGUCGCGUGUAACUGUAACCUCCACGCUCGGCGCUGCAGGUUUAAUAUGGAGCUGUAUAAGCUGUCGGGGAGGAAGAGUGGAGGAGUCUGCCUGAACUGUCGCCACAACACGGCCGGACGCCACUGUCACUACUGUAAAGAGGGCUACUACAGAGACAUGAGCAAACCCAUCACUCAUAGGAAGGCCUGCAAAGCGUGUGAUUGCCAUCCCGUUGGAGCUGCUGGAAAAACAUGUAACCAGACCACAGGCCAGUGUCCGUGUAAAGACGGCGUGACGGGUAUCACGUGUAACCGCUGUGCUAAAGGCUACCAGCAGAGCCGCUCGCCCAUCGCACCCUGCAUCAAGAUUCCAGCUGCACCACCAACGACCACAGCAAGCGUCACAGAGCAGCCUGCAGACUGUGACUCCUACUGCAAAGCGUCCAAAGGGAAGCUGAAGAUCAACAUGAAAAAGUACUGCAAGAAAGAUUACGCUGUCCAGGUGCACAUCCUGAAAUCGGACAAGGCAGGUGAGUGGUGGAAAUUGACCGUGAACGUCGUGUCCGUGUACAAGCAGACCGAGAGCCGCAUCCGCCGAGGAGACCAGCUGCUGUGGGUCCGAGCCAAAGACGUGGCCUGCAAGUGUCCCAAAAUGAAAACAGGGAAGAAAUACCUGCUGCUGGGGAACAAUGAGGACGCUCCAGGGCAGAGUGGCAUGGUGGCCGAUAAAGGCAGCCUGGUCAUCCAGUGGAGGGACACAUGGGCACGGAGAUUGCGCAAGUUCCAGCAGAGAGAGAAAAAAGGCAAAUGCAAGAAGCCUUAAAGACAAACGUGGAGUAACGCUGAGUCAGAGAGACGAUCUGAACUAAAAUAUUCACACAGAUCUGACGCAGUGCAGAGAGAGAGAGAGAGAGAGAGAGAAAGAGAGAGAGAGGGAGGGAGGGAGGGAGGGAGGGGGAGAGAGAGAGAGAGAGAGAGACCUGCCGCUCGAAACAGAGACCGGUUUCCCUAAACAGGAAGUGCACGCCUGUCAUGAAGGAACUCACCUCACAGUUUGCUUUUGUUUUUAUUCACAUCCUUCAGCGCUCACUUCAUGUGGACCUGCAGCGUGUCUCUGUGAAACAUCAUCAUCCUCAUCCUCAUCCUCAUCAUCCUCAUCAUCAUCCUCAUCAUCCUCAUCCUCAUCCUCAUCAUCCUCAUCAUCCUCAUCAUCAUCAUCCUCAUCAUCCUCAUCAUCCUCAUCAUCAUCCUCAUCCUCAUCAUCAUCCUCAUCAUCAUCAUCCUCAUCAUCCUCAUCAUCAUCACUCUCAGUCUUCAGAAUCAUGAGUGCCGCUCAGAAUCACACACACACUCCCAUCAUCCCCACUGCUGCCCAGUGUAUCACCACCUCAGGCAGCAGUAACACCGCGCUGAUCCUCUCAGAAACAUGCUUGUGUUUGUCUUGUACAGUUUUAAUCCAGCACACACUAUAUAUAAAACUCAACAAAAUAAAAUAAAUUACUGUUUUGUGUUUAAAACCAGCCCCAUUAACACUUCCUUUGGAUUUAAUCUCAUUAAUAUGUUUUAUAGAGUUUGACAUGGAAAUGUCACACACACACACACUUUAUUUAACUGCUAGACAAAAGUUUUAGAUCUUUAAUACCUUAUCCUUCUGGAAAUGCAGUCAAAAGCAAGACUUUUGUUUGUUUGUUUGUUUGUUUUUAUGAGCAUGUGUAUUUUUGAAUCCCGUAAUUAAUUCUGUUUGUGGUGUGAAAUUUUAAUAGCAGCACAUGCCUACGAUGUCAGUUGUCCAUCUGCUCAUGACUGAUUUUAAAUUCUACAUGUCUGACUCUUUAAAGUGUUGACCACAUGAUAACCAUCACCUCUUCAUUUCAUCACUGAAAGAUGGACAUGAGCAUCCUUUAUAUUUAUAACUUUCCUAAAUGUAAUUAAGUUGAAAUGAAAUGUGGAUAAAAAUACAGAAAUGUACCAUGUGGGUUAUAUAAAAGAAACACAGCGACUUCCUCACUCCUCGUCAUCAGCUGUAACACAGAGACACGGCCGCCGAGCGCUGACCCCGAUUCACCGGUCAUCACGCUCCGCUCCGGCUCACAGCUUCUCACUGGAUUUCAGGUCUUUUAUUUUUGGAAUUCUGAGCUGCAAACAUUUUAACAUCACCGGUUCUGCUGUGUGAUGCCUCUGAGGUCUGUUCUUCAUUUCAGAAUUUCUGAAUGUUUAUUAAAACAGCACCAUGAUUUACAAACCUGUUUUUUAUUUAAUUAAGAACUUAUUCAGUCAAUUAUAUUAUUAUUAUUAUUAUUAUUA